GAAAAAGAAAAGAAAACAGGCCAGGGACACAAGCAAACAGACCACAGGCCGAAUGGCUUGUCAUCGCAUCGAAUCCCUGCGACAUUCAGCCGCGUGCAACUCGAGUAUAUCAACAGCCUUGCAUCCUCCAUCACGCUACACUCCUCUUCCCUCCUUUCUUUUUCUCGCUCGUAUCAUUUGCCUUGCCUGUCCGUCCUUCCUAGCUCGACUUGAUACUACUUUCAUCUCUUGUCUUCGUCUCUCUCCACUAUAGCAAUGAGUGAUUCGGCCUCCAACCAUUACUGGGACAGCUCUGGUGAUGUCCUGCAGGGGAUCAUGGGCACUCGCGUUACAUCCACGUCCUCUCACCUAGAGCCCCCGUCAGACGGGUUGGCAACGUCGCCCGAACUGCCUCUGGGGGACCCGGCUUCUUUCCUUGGGGUGCAGUUCAGCUCGGAUCCGGACAUUCUUCCUCACGACCAUGCGUCUGUCCUGAAUCCGUGGCCACUCCAUCACAACCUGCCAUCAUCGCCGACUUCUCAUCGGUUCGACUAUCUCCAGUAUCGUCAUGCCCGACUGGGAAAUAAUCAGGAUGCCUGGAGCCCGCUCCAGGUGACCGGGAUGCCGGUCAAUCCGUUUCACUAUGGCAUUCGGCAUCUAGGCGAGACGCCGCAGAUGGGCGGGCUUGAUCGCAGGUACUCCACUGGCCAGCAAAGCACUCCGUCCGAAAACGAGAGUCAGUAUACAGGCAUUCAUCCAUCCGACUCGGGAUACGGUACGCGGAGUUGUGCCACGCGCUCGGUCACAACAUCAUCCCAAGCAUUUGAGCCAGCCUACAGUCCGUCCCUUGCUCCUCACGAGCCUGACCCGGAGGACCAAUUACCCGAUUGGGACCUCAAUUUCCAACCGUCCGGGGAACUCGGGUAUGACGCUGUCGAGAAGAUUGAAACGCCGUCUUUGCUCUGCCCCGAUGUCAUCGGAUGCGAUUACCCAGGGUGUCCGUGGACUGGCAAGUGUCCGUCCGACAAAAGGAAACACGAAGCAAGGCAUCGAAAGCUGUUCAAGUGCGAUGAACCACACUGCACUCGAAAAGAGGGCUUCGGGACGAUCAAUGAUCUCUCGCGCCACAAAAAGUGCGUUCACAAACAGGAUCCGGAGCGCGGCCCCAAAAUGCUGUUCAUGUGCUUCGGGCAUAACUGUCCACGCAAGGACAAGCAAUGGCCCCGAUUAGACAACUUUCGCCAACAUCUGACACGAAUGCAUCAUGAUGAGGACAUUGACGAUUUGCUGAAAAGAUCGCAUGAUUGGUAUGAGACUUGUGUCAAGCCUCGGGAAAUAACCUCUUCCAUCGCCGAGCAUCUGUCGGAGGUGAAAUAUGCCCUGGAAGCGAAUCAAGGUCCCAUGCUGAAGUGCACGAUGGGGCAAACCGCUCUAGACAGUAUCGGCAUCGUUCAGAGCGAGCAGGUCUCCCGUUCAUUCGGGAAUUUGAUGCUGGAUUCUACCCAUGACACUUUUGCUGCGCACAAGUCCGAUCGUGGCCAAAUCUCACGGCAGUCGAUAUCGGAGGCUUCGCAGUCCACCGACUCGGCUGUUCCGAAGACGGCCAGUAUGGAACCACCGGCGACAAAUCGAAAACCAUCAAUAUCUACCAGUCGAGGGAAUACUCGACACGAUAGGAUGGAGGACAUGGUCACAGAGGCAGCUGUGAACAUGAUCAAUGCCAUGACAAAGAUCAUGGAUAGCAAUCAACGAAGGCGAAGCCAACAGGCGGAUGAUGCAAGUGAGAUGGGUGAUCCGCACGCCGGGCUGUCCGACCGAAAGCGCGAGGUAUUACAGAAGAUCCUAUCGACCGCUUUGGAUCACCUGUCGAGUCACUCUGACCCGGCCAGCGUCCAUGUGACGCAGGUCGAUGACGCGAGCAAGAAGGGAUGGAUUCAGUGUGAAUUCUGCUCGAAACGCACGCGCUUGCGAUGCGAAAUGAAAAAACACAAGAAGCGCCAUGAGCGGCCGUAUGGCUGUACUUUUCACAAGUGCAGCAAGACCUUCGGCAGCAAAGCGGACUGGAAACGUCACGAGAAUUCGCAGCAUUAUCAUCAACAGAGCUGGCGCUGCACCUUGCAUGAUGUCACGCAAGGAGGCUUGCAAUGCGCUCGCUUAUUCUAUCGGCAGGAGGUUUACACGCAACACCUGAAGAAACACCAUCACGCGGGCGAGGAUGACGUGCGGGCGGCAAUCUAUAAAAACUGCAUCGGUCAAAACGGUCAGUCGCACCUCAACGGCCCGUCGCAGUUCUGGUGUGGUUUCUGCCGGGAUAUUGUUCCCCUCGAGAGUCAGGGACUAGCGGCUUGGAACGAGCGUUUCAACCACAUCGAUAUCGAGCACUUCAAGCAGGGGGAACGGAUUGGGGAUUGGCUUCUCCCCUCCGGGCAUGUCACCAAAGAUGGGGCGCGUCAGGAGGAGAAGAGGAAGGCCGUGACGGAUGCAACGGAGGAUGACAGCGAGCCCGUCGUAGACGACAAUAGCGACGACAGUUCCGGGAGCGACAUCUACUAUUCCGACAGCGAUGGCCUGCACGACGAAGCUAUGGUGAUCAGCCAGGAGCAUGGGCGGGGACUAUCGUUUCAGCCCUUUCAGGAUUGUCUUCCGGAUAGAUCUUCCACUGCGGCCUAUCCGUCGAUGGGCUCGACAAAUUUGCGAAAGCGCAAGCUGCCCAAUCUCCAGGCCACCCCCGGCUUUAUUCACGGUCGCAAAGAUCGAAGUUUGAGUAUAGAGAAGAGGUCCAGAACUCAGGCCUCGUCAUAUAAUCUGGACACUACGAGAGGUGCGACAGAAUGACAUAGAAACACCAAUUCGAUCAGAUGGCCCGGUCCAUUGCAUUCACUUUCUGUGUCCCCUUGACGGUAGACCCGAGUGCCCAAUAGGCAUCAAUUGAGCCGACCAUGUAGCCCUGGUUGGAUAGUGUGCAUAAAUCUGAGAUUGUGAGGCUAGGUGCGUAUGUGUUAUUCCGUAAAUGAUAAGAUAAUAGC